CCUUCUCCACACAUCCCCCCUUUGGUCUUGGGAAUGCUGCGCGUGCAUCUAUUCUUGAAAUUCUACUAAGAUACGACCAUUCGUUAUGGCAUCGGAACAUACGGUGACUAAGGUUUUGCUGGAAUGGAUCAACAGCUUCUCCCUAGGCAAAACACUCCGAGCCACGGAUGAAUUGACCGACGGAAUCAUCCUAUGGGAGAUCCUCCAGGAUAUCGACCCGCAGUAUUUCCUCGACGAGAUCCCCGAACGCAACCCCGCCGACCACUGGGUCGCCAAAUUCCAGAACCUGAAGCACAUCCACAAGCUUCUGCUCAGCUACAUCCGGUACCGGAACGAUGACUCCCUACCGUCCGGUCUUAACCCCUCCCCCGAUCUCGAAGCUAUCGCCGAGAAAGCAACGGUCAAGGAAACCAAUAAGUUGCUGAAACUUCUCCUGAUCGCGGCCAUCAGCUCAGAAAACGCGGGGACAUACGUGCAGACACUCCAGGAAUUGAGCACCUCGACUCAGGAAGGCCUCAAGGAUAUUAUUGAGGAGGCACAUAACGGACAUCAUGAGCCCUUGGAUGCGGCCGACGAGCUCAAGGAGGAGCUGGCGAAACGUGACCACGCGUUGGACCCCGAGCUGAAGUUUGAGGAGCGCGUCGGAAAAGUGCUCGCAGAGAAUGAUCGCCUUAGUCAUGAGAAGAAGGAGCUGGAGAAAGCGCUGGAGGACUUGCACAACCGUUUGGCGCGUCUGCAGGAGAACAACGAUACUCUCCAGAACCGCCUGGCCUCCACCGAGGAUCGUCUGGUGACGCUGAAGUCUGGAAAGGGUGAUUUGGGAUUCAACGCGAAGGCGUUGGAGAGCAAGACGCGCCAACAGGAUGACCUCAUUGCAUCUCAAGAGGCUAAGCUUUCUGCUACCCAAGAUGAAGUCGACAGUCUUCGCAUGACCGUGGAGUCCUUGAAGGUCAAGAACCAGCGUUACCAAAAGUUGCAGGAUGACUACGAUGAGCUCCGUACGGAGAGGGACCAGCUCGCCCGCAAGGCGAAUGCGGCUGAGAAGUACCGCCAAAAGCUUCAGGCCAGCCAGGACUUUGAGAAAGAGAACCAGACUCUCAAGAACCAGAUCAAAGACCUCCAGCAGCAAUUGAAAGAGUCAGACUCGCAACAGCGAUGGACCUCUGAGCGUGAUGUGGAGCUAGAAGAAUACCGCAAACUCUUGCCACGCAUUGAACAGGAAUGCAACGAAAUCCAGAACCUCAAGAAACAGCUCGAGUUUAACAACCAUGCGCUCACCGAGAGACUGCAGGGCGCGGAUGAGCAACAUGAGCGAGAUGAUGCUUUGAUCAGCGAGCUUCGUGAACGCCUUCAGGAACUAGAGGGCUUGCCUGGCAGUCCGUCACCGGGUUCCGACACUCCCAAGAUGCAAGGAACGCUGAACAAGGAUUUCGAGGCAAUCGGCAUGAAAGAGUCUCAGCUCAAAUCCGAGAAUGACGAUCUAAAGCGGGAGAUGGAAUCGUUGAAGGGGCCAUCGACAGCUCCGGAGUCUCAGUCAGAGGGCUUCUCCGAAAGCUUUAAUACAUCCGUGCAACUCGCCAAAGCCAACUCCACGCAGAGUGACGAGUAUUGGAAAUUAUACGAGAACUAUACUAGCACACUGAAGAGGAUCGCCGAAGUUCAGGACACUUUAGAAACCACCAAGAAGGACCUGUCCGAAGCUCAGACUCAACUCGGUCUCGUUGACAUGGAAAAAGCCGAAAUUUUCCGCGAGUUUGAAGAGCACAACUCUGGCGAAUUGUCGAAGCUUCGCGGGGAAUGGAAUAAUCUUGCCCAGAAUGUGCACCACUUGGAAGCCGAAGUGGAUGCCAGUCAGACAUUAGUGCGCGAGGUGUGUUCUGAGCGAGAGGAGCUGCGCAAGAUGCUUGACAACAAGCAGAACGAAAUCAGCGCCGAGGACCAAGAAGUGAUGAAUGAGAUGCAGAUGCUGUUGGGCGAGUUUGAGACCCAUAACAGUGAGGGCGGUGACACGCCUCAGAAAUCGAGCUUCGAGCUCCUGAAACAAUGUGCUGGUGUCUUAGAGAAGAAUGUUGAACGGCUCGCUCAGCGGGCGGAGUACAUCCAGCAGCAAAACGAACUCAUCAAGUCACUCCGGGAGAGCAUGAAGAAUUACGAAGAGAACCUGGAUGAUGGCAUAUCCAAAGAGCGAGAACUCGAGCUUCAAAGAACCAUUGACGACCAAGCUCGAGAGCUGAGUCUCGUCAGCUCGGCCUGGUAUCAUCUCCAGAGCCGGUGGCAGAACAACAACAUGACUGUCUCGCGAUACCGACACGGUGCUAACGUGGCCGAUCCCCGAGGCUGGCUGGCCAAACAGAGAAGGGUGGUUGCAGGCCAAUAAGUCUCGAGGAUCGUCACUUAGGGUGCACACUUU